AGGUUUGAAAAAUCACUCAGACCUGCUGAAGUAAAACCUUAACAAGCACAACUGCCUUUUGAAUCAAAGUCCGUAGGUUUGCAGUGAACAGCCUGAUGAGGGGCACAGGCAAAGAUGGCUUGUAGGGAACUGGGUGCCUUGGCUACUACCUUAGUUUCAGAGAUGAGAAAGCAGUGAGGAUCAGCACCAGCCCUUUGGACAACAAACAACUCCACAGAGAAUGUCCUAUCAAGAUGAAUAUGGCUCAUUCAAGAAUUAACUCUCUACUCAUCUUCUACCUCAGUUUUUUGCUGCUCAUCCAUUUAAAAAAGUCACUUUGCAUGAGGAAUGAUUCCAGGUGCCUGUCAAACUCUUGCCAAAAGAACUCUACAUGCAUUGUUGGUCGUAAAGAUGAUACUUGCCAUUGUACAGAUGAAUCACUGGACAGUGUGGAAGAACUCUGCAAUAAAACCUCUGAUCCUUGCUCCUCAAACCCUUGUCUUCAAAAUGCUACCUGUUUAAGCUCUGCUGGAAACCUCAGCUUUUCUUGUGAGUGCCCUGCUGGGUAUAAUGGACCUACCUGCGAAACAGCCAUCAGCAUGUGUGACACAAACCCUUGUGAGCAUGGAGGCACCUGCCAAAUUGACCUGGCUGGGCCCACCUGCCUUUGUAGUGCAGGAUACACAGGUACACUCUGUGAAACGGAUUUUGAUGAAUGCAUUUCCGAACCGUGCCACAAUGGAGCGGUGUGCAGGGAUGGGGUUGAUGAAUACUCCUGCUACUGCGUCCCAGGCUACCAAGGCAAGCACUGUGACCUGGAAGUGAACGAAUGUGCAUCAGAUCCAUGCCUGAAUGGGGCAACGUGUCUCAACCAGAUAGGACAGUAUGGCUGCAUCUGUCCACUUGGGUACACAGGUACAAACUGCGAGCUGGAAAUAGAUGAGUGCUGGUCACAGCCAUGCCUGAACGGCGCGACCUGCCGCGAUUCCCUGGGGAGCUUCUCCUGCUCCUGCGCGCCCGGCUUCCUCGGCCACCUCUGUGAAACCAACUUCGACGAGUGCGCCAGCCGGCCGUGCCUCAACGGGGGACAGUGCACGGACGAUGCCAACAGGUACAGCUGCAACUGUACUGGUACUGGAUUUAUGGGCCUACACUGUGAGACCCUAACUCCCUUAUGUUGGUCACAACCAUGCUACAAUAAUGGCACUUGUGAGGAUAACGCAAACAAUUACAUAUGCCACUGUUGGCCAGGCUACGCGGGGUCCCGCUGCGAGGAAGACAUCGGGGAGUGUGGCAGCAGCCCCUGCCUCUCGGGUGGGGACUGCGUGGAACGCUCCUGGGCCGGCCGCUACGGCAGCGUCCCCGGCCUGCCACCCACCUUCCGCUACGACACGGCCGAGGGCUACAUCUGCAGCUGUAAGCCGGGCUUCACCGGUACUCACUGUGAUGAAGACAUCAACGAAUGUCACAUGAACCCUUGCCAAAAUGGUGGAAUCUGUGAGAAUUUUCCUGGGAAUUACACAUGCCAUUGCCCACCUGCAGACAAGGAGGGGAUUUAUUAUGGUGGCUGGAACUGUACAGAAGUUCUCCAUGGCUGUACUGAUCAGCAAUGCCAAAACAAUGGAAUAUGUAUCCCACAUUUAAAAAAUUACAAACAUGGAUUCAGCUGCAUAUGUUCACCUGGGUACACUGGAACACACUGUGAAACCAUAACCACGUUUUCUUUCCAAGGAAACAGUUUCCUUUUCUUGAAGAAUCCCCUGACCCCUCAAAAGGAAUUUUUCUAUAAUAUAAACCUGAGGUUUCAAACUGUACAACCUACAGCUUUUCUGUUUUACCGAGGGGAGAAAAAUACAUUUGCAAAGUUGGAGUUACUGAAUGGCUACUUACACUUAUCCGUGGAAGUCAAUAACCAGCCACAGGCUCUUUUGCAUAUUUCACGUAAUGUCAGUGAUGGAGAAUGGCAUUCAGUGGAGGUAACCUUGGCAAGAGCUGUUACUCUUAGUUUGCUUGACAGCUCUUGUGUAGAAUCGUGUCUCAAUAAAACAUCUGCUAUGAUAGAUAACGAUCACGUGAUGCUUGCAUUUCAGAGCACGUUUUUGGGCGGCUUACCAGUGGGGAACAUUAGCGGCAACUCUCUGCUUAGCAUCUAUAAUAUACAUUCUGCACCUUCAUUUGUAGGCUGUCUUCAGGACAUUGAAAUAGACUUGAAUGUUAUUACUCCAGAAAAUGUGUCACCUGAAUCAUCUUUAAAUGUCAGGACAGGAUGUACUAAAGAGGACUGGUGUGAAACACACCCUUGUCAGAACAGGGGACGCUGUACCAACCUGUGGCUGAGCUACCACUGUGAUUGUUACCGGCCGUACACCGGGCCAAGCUGCGCAGCAGAGUACAUUGCAGGCCGGUUUGGAUCUGAGGGCUCCUCAGGCUAUGCUGCUUUUUCUGUUGAUGCCACUCAGAAUGAAAAUUUGAACAUAUCAAUGUUUGUCCGAACACGCAAAUCUUCUGGUUUGUUACUGGCUUUGAGAAACAAUACUUGCCUCUAUGUGAGAGUCUACUUAGAAGGUGGGAAACUCACAAUGCUAGUUCUAAAUUCCAUUAAGUUAUUAGGGAAAUACUCCAUGAAUGAUGGCAACUUUUACUUAAUAACGUUAAAAAUAGAACCGAAUAAGAUGGAAUUGUUCCAGUCCUCUCAAUACCUAGGGUUUAUUUCUACUCCAGUACUAACCAUUCAAAGUAAGGAUAUUCUUUACAUUGGAGGCCUACCAGAUAACAAAGAAACUGAUAGAAAUGGCAGGUAUUUCAAAGGCUGCAUCCAAGAUGUAAGAGUAAAUAACCAGCCACUGGAAUUCUUCCCCAUCUCCAAUCCACUGAAUUCACUUAUCAACCGAACUCUGAUCAAUGUCACCCAAGGCUGCACUGGUGACAACCUCUGCAAGUCCAACCCUUGCCACAACGGUGGUGUGUGUUAUUCAAUAUGGGAUGACUUCACUUGCACGUGCCCCCCUAACACAGUGGGGAAGGCAUGUGAGGAAGUUAAGUGGUGUGAGCUUGGCCCCUGUCCUCAUGAAGCACAAUGCCAGCUGGUGCACCAAGGAUUUGAAUGUCUUGCUAACGCAGUGUUUAGUGGCCGAAGCAGUGCGAUAUUUUACAGAAGCAAUGGAAAAAUCAGCAGAGACCUCACCAAUAUCGUAUUUGGCUUUCGAACUAGGGACACUGACGUGAUACUGCUGUAUGCGGAGAAGGAGCCAGAGUUUUUUACCAUCAGAAUUCACAACUCCAAAUUACUUUUUCAAUUGCAAAGUGGCAACAGCUUUUAUAAGCUGACACUUGCCAGUUCACUGCCUGUGAGUGAUGGGAAAUGGCAUCAAGUGAUGGUCUCUAUGGUAGAGCCUCGGUCCCAGUUCUCUAGAUGGAACAUUGAUAUAGAUAACAAGAAAGACACUGCAACUAGCACAACUGCUGCAGGAAGCCUCAACUUUUUAAGAGAAGAGACAGACAUCUAUGUGGCCGACAAGGCUUUUGACAGUCUGGAUGGCCUGCGAGGAUGUAUGAGCACCAUAGAAAUCAGUGGCAUUUAUCUCUCAUACUUCGAGAAUGCUGACAUCCCUACUAAAAAACCUCAAGAGGAGCAAUUUCUCAAAAUCUCUGCAAACCCUGCUCUUACUGGCUGUUUGCAGGUAGAUAUCUGCAGCUCAGAUCCCUGUAUGCAUGAGGGGAUAUGUGAAGACUUCUAUACUUCCUACCAUUGUGUAUGUCCCAAAGGAUGGACUGGCACCCAUUGCGAAGUCAACAUCGAUGAAUGCUUUUCAAACCCCUGCAUUCAUGGAAACUGCACUGAUGGGAUCAACUCUUAUGAGUGCAGUUGUGAACCUGGUUACACAGGGGUAAAUUGUGAAGAAGACAUAGACAACUGCCGUGGCCACCAGUGUGCAAAUGGGGCCACUUGCGUUGAUGGGAUUAACGGAUAUUCUUGCCUGUGUGCUGGUAACUUCACCGGAAAAUUUUGCAGAUACAGAAGAUUACCAUAUAAAGUUUGUGGGAAUGAGGAGGGGAACUUCACAUGUUUCAACUAUGGCAACUGCACCAACCUCAACGGCGAGUUGACAUGUGUUUGCCUGCCGGGAUUUGCUGGAGAACGGUGUGAAAAGGACGUUGAUGAGUGCAGCUCCAACCCCUGUCUGAAUGGGGGCCUCUGCCAGAACCUACUCAACAAGUUCCACUGCCUCUGCGAUGUGAACUAUGCUGGAGACCGCUGUGAGGUAGAUUUGACAACUGACUUGAUCUCGAACAUAUUCACCUCCAUUGGCUCAGUAACGCUGGCCUUGUUAUUGAUCCUCUUCUUGGCAGUUGUGGUUUCAGUCAUCACUGCCAAUAAACGAGCAACUCAAGGGACCUACAGCCCCAGCCGGCAGGAGAAGGAGGGGUCCCGGGUAGAGAUGUGGAACAUGGUGCAGCCACCACCGAUGGAAAGACUGAUUUAGAAAAAAAGCGCUCCUCUGUCCUGGAAUACAGCCGAAAGGGGACAGUGUACAUAUGUUAGAUACAUUAAUUUUCAUUCCGAUACCAGGAAUACUCAUUAUAAAGAUUGCAAUGACUUUGGGCUUUCAAUAUUUUCAGUGUUUUCUUUUUAAGUUCAAUAACAAUAAAAUUCUCUUAACAUUUAAGUGAAUCAAUGCCAUUUAUCAUUGUGUUGGACCAACCUCUCCAAGGACAAUUUUUAUUUGCACUAGAAACUCCAGCCUUGAUAAUCAGCAGUAGGCAUUACAGACAGUAAAGGCUCCUGGGAUACAUGUAAGUGCCUGUCUUGGAUGCAACACGAGUAACUGCUUCUCGCUUGUGUUUUCCUUUGCCUAGCAAUCACUGCUGCAGAAGAUGAUGCAAACAAAUCAAAUAAGCCUGUUCAACAAAGACAUUGUAAUUCUGUUAUCAAAGGGUUUAGUACUAGACCUGUGUCUCAGCAUAUCUACUUUCAUCUGUUAAUCAGGGAUUAAAAGGAACCUGUGCGAAAACUCUCCAAAAUAAAUGCUUCAAAUUUAAUUGGUGUUCUUUCCUCCAGUUCUCUCAUUUUACCUGCUGCCCCUCCACAUUCUCCUGAAAAGAAUUUCAAUUUUCACAAAAGCACAUAUUCCUCUGAGUAUAAAAGACUGUGCUGUAAAAUAUCAAGCAGACACAAUCUGACCUUCAGGAGACAUGGAAUCUAAACAUUCUAAACAAAUUCUGUGCAUCCACAUUACUGCCAUUUUCUUAUUACAAUAUUACCUGAUGGUCCAUUUUAGAAAACUAUUGCUUCUCACAUUAAAAACAUAUAUUGGCUGCCAAAAAGCACGCUCAAAAACUUUUCCCAAAGCUAAUGGAAAAUACAAAGAAAGAGGCAGGAGCAGCCUACAGGUAAAGCACUGGCUUGGAAAUAAUUACGACAGACUUGUUGCUUCUCCUGGAGCUCAGACGUCUCAUACGAUCAUGGGCAAACAAAAUUUUAUGCCCUGAUUUUCAUCUUUUAAAACAGGGAUAAUCCCAUUUAACUACCUUGUAAACCUCAGCAACAAAAGGAUUGCAACUGUGCAACUGUUGAGAAAGAAACACAUGCAUAAAAUGUACUGGAACAACAGGAGAAGUUUUGAAGAAAUCUUGUAAUGAAACAGACAUUUGAAAAUCUACAGGAGAUUUAAUGAUCAUUCUUGCAGCAGGAAAAGAUGUGCCAAAAAUACACGCAGGUCAAAUGAGUGAUUUGAAAUGUAAAGACAAAAUUUAGCAGACAUGUAGUUAAGAAAUUAAAGCAUAAACAUUACUCUCACACAAAUUGAACCCACAAUAAAGAGGCAACAGAGUAGAAAGUCCAUGAUGGCAUUUUUUUCUUCCUGCAGUUCAGUUUACAUGUUCCUGCAGUUGUGAAACAUCCCAGAUAUACACAUCAAACCCCAGAUGAUUAUUCCAGGAGUUGCAUAAUAGAGUAUGCAGACUCAGUAUCCAAGAGUUUAACUCAUCUUUUUAAUUAUGAUCAAUUCAUAAUUCAUUUUGAGUGAACCCCUUAAGAGAUUGCUGAAGAUCAAUGUCACCCACAUUUAUUUUUGUAUCAGAUGAUUAGAAGUAACUAUGAUAGUAAGUGCGUUCUGGAUUUUUUGCAGUCCUUACCGGUAUCUUUCAAAACAAGGCACUUCAGAAAAUGUGAGUGGAUGGUAAGGUUCAAGCUGAGUUAAAAGAGCAGAAUGUAGUCACAGUGAAAAUGCACAACAGAUUUUAUUCUAGCCUAAUUCACAGCUUUACUGCUGAAGCUUAUUAUUUUGAAUGCAAUUGUUUUUCUACAGCUGCAGCCUAAAUCCAGAGAGUUCAAAUAACAACUAAGAAUGGAAAAAGAAGUUACCAAAAAUAUUAUGUGAGAUAAGAAAUAGCAGAGAUUCAGAGCAGAUCUUUUCAAAUCAUGGGAUUAUGUAAUUAUAGAUGUAAUACCUUUUAACUGAAACUCUUGGUUUGCCCCAGCAUUUGCCCUAUGAGACACUGUUAAGGCAUAAUAAAGAAUACCAUGAAGUUCGUUAGGUGUGAUCUUUUCUAGAAGAUACAUAAAUAUUGGAAAAAAGAAACAAAUGAGAGAGCAAAGAACAGUGUGUGAGGAUGAGAGACCACAAGUGAAGCAGGAGUGAUUCUGUGCAGAUUCUUAUACACAUUGCUUAAGCCUCACCCAAAAAAAGCUGUGAGAGACCCAAAGGCAAGGCCAUCUCUGCCUAGAAAGUGGCAAGGGAGGCAAAGACACAGAAACCCAUGAUAACCAGAGGGCAAGCAGUAAAGUAAGUAUGUGGAGGAGAAGAGCUGUAAGGCUGCAGGGUGGGAAGGGCUUGGGGACAGAGAGCUCUGAAAACCAGGGGUAAUCUAGAAGCACGAAGAACCGGGCACAAUUAGCAGAAACAGCAUUGAACUAGUGAAGUGGUUGGAAAGAAGAUGUUUCCACACACCUGCUUUAUGUUCUUGGAUUUCUGGUCAAUGAGCUAAAAAGAGAAAUAAAAUUGAUAGAGAUCCCUGUGAAUAGCAGAGAUGGAGAAAGAAAAACAUAAAUUAAGUCAUUUCAGAAAUAGCAAUAUGAUGGUUAUAAAGAUCUAACUUAAGUUCACCCUUCUUUGAGCAGGAGGUUGGACUAGAUGACAGUCGUAGGUCCCUUCCAGACUAAAUUAUAAUAUGAUUCAAAGAAAAAGGACAGAAGAGAGAAAGCAUCUGAAGAUGGAGGCAGUUGGCAUGGAGAACUAACUUGAAUGAAAGCAUUAUUGUUCACGGUGAAAGUUAGAGCAAGAAUAAGGAAGUGGCUGGAAAGUAAUCCUGCUCUUCUCAGUGGUUUGAGUUUCUGGAUGAAAUUUUGACGACAGUAGAAGAACAAUCUGUACAGAGGUAAUAAAAUAUUUGAGAAAGUGUUGCCACACAGAGCACCUAUAGGGCUGAGCAAGAUACCCAGGAACAUGUACAGAAGAAGGAAGAGGCAGAGAAGAUGAAAGCCUGGAGAGUUUUCAUACAGACUAAAGAGAGCUCUGGAGGAAUAUGCUCCUACAGAAUUAAAAAGACACCCAUAAAAGCACAACAAAGAGAAAAGUCUUACAGUGAAAUAUAAGUGUGGUUUGUAGAAGGUAAGUCAAAGAGACAGAAGGCAGGGGAAAAACCUUUAAACUACGAUUAGAGUAAGUUGUGAUUGCUGUCAGUCUUGGUAGAGUAGAAAAGAUAAAAAUAAGAGUGGUGAAAAUUUAUGCAAAAGUGAGAGAAGAAAGUGAAAUGAAACUGGAUAAUACUUGAGAAAGGGGGAGGCAAACACUGGAUUGCAGCAAGGGUGAAGCUGGCCUUUCAUAGCAGUGAGGCCAUAGGAAAGGGAGGAAGGAUGAUGGUAAAUCAGGAAUGAAAAUUACCUACUUUAGUAGAUCUGUGUAAGAUGACUUAAAGGGAGCAUGCUUUAUAGCAAAUAGGGAUUAAAAUGUGAAAUCAAAACUCUAUGAUCUUGUAAGAAACAAACAAGAAAAGGCCCCAAAGGCACAAAUGUCAGUUCUAAAUACACUUUCUGAAAAGCUGAGUUAACAAAGCAACAUCCAAAGAAGACAGGGAGGCAGAUGCUGCAGCUGGAAAAGCUCAAUGGCAGCCUGGAGAAGCAGAAGAAGUCCCAAAGCCGCCACUAUAUUAACAUGCUAUAGUGACCGUGAAACAUAUGGUUAGGAAGACUGACCCUCCCGGGCCAUAUCUCAACCAGGGAACAACAGUUAAAACAAAAGAGAAUACAUUAUAAAGAGUGUCUAAUACCAUCUUUACUGAAAUUUAAACCACAGAUUAGGACUGAUAGAGCAGAUGUCAAGCUAUUUACUGCUUCUCAGCCCAGGGGUAUAGUAAAAUGUGUACAGAAGCACAGACAUUCAGGGAGGAGCAAUAACAUCUAAGAGUUGUGGAGAGCAUUUGUGCUGCUGUAAGGAAAAAUAUAUUGAUAUUGGCUUUUGUUUUCCCAAAAAGCACUGAUAAACCAUUACUAUGGAGGUAUCUCCACGCAGAAGACUUAAAAUACUUCAGAAUUACAUUUGUUUAAUCUAUCUCACUAUUUGACUCAAAAGCUGAAAGUAAAAGCAUUUAUUCAUGAUCACUUUCAAUCUAUCCAUUAAAGAAACAAAUGCACAAUAUGCUCCCAGACCUUACACAUUUAAACUUUCUCUUCAUGUCUAACAGCCUUCUACAAAGAAAGAGAAGGUGCUGAGUUAGAGCACGUGAUCUGCUCUGCACCAAAUCCCUCUGGAGAUACUCAGAAGCAGGGGAAGGAGGAAGCAACUUACUCCCCUUUCACAGUCCAUUCCAUUUUUUCUUGGAAAGAGAUAACAUUCAGCCUGUGAAACGGUGAAGAAUACCUUCAGAGUCCCAGGAAUAUUUACACUAGGCAGAAUAGAAAUAUUGCAGGUGAAAUUUUCCCAGCUCAAAAUGAUCAUAGUGUGUCACUGCAUUAUGUGCCUUCUUCAUUUUAUGUAAAAUUAACUGUUCCUUCUCUGUAUAUACAUAGUAUGUUUAUAGCUUAGGUGGUGUACUCGUAUUACUAUUUUGCUGUGUACAGGAUCAAAAUGACCAAUA